AUGGGUCAACUACUAGCAUUCCCGCCGCCUCGACCACAUCGACGACGACGACGUAUAUUACUCACCGUAGGCACCGUCUUCACCCUCCUAAGCAUCACCUUAUUGCGUCACCCUCACUUCGACCCCUCCACCAUCCCAUUCCUCGGUAGACAACCACAACAACCACCCACCAUGAACGUAGAAACCACGAACCAAAGCCACGACACCCAACACCACCCCUCCCUCCUGCACCCCCCUCUCCUCGACUCCCUCCCCUCCUCCGCCCUCCCCAACCCUGACUCCCCCUCCGGCCCCCGCCUCCUCAUAAUCGGCGACGUGCACGGCCAGCUCUCGGCGCUCGACGCGCUGCUCUCCAAAGCGGGCUUCUCCUCCGAGCGCGGCGACCACGUCGUCUUCACGGGCGACAUGGUGAACAAAGGGCCCGACAGCCCCGGAGUCGUGGACCGCGCAAUUGCCAUCGGCGCGUACGGCGUGCGGGGCAACCACGAGGAUCGCGUGUUGCGCGCGUGGGAUCGGGAGCUGAAGAGGAGGGAGAGGAAGGAUAAGAAGAAGGGGAAGCAUCAUAGUAAGGGGAUUGAUGAAGAGGAGGAGGAGGAGGAGACAGAAGACCAAGAAGAAGAGGGAGUCGAAGGAGAAGAACUCGAAGCGCAGCGCAAGCGCCGAAAAUCCGAAAAGGCCGACCUCGCCACCGCCCUCAGCCUGUCCCCCCAACACAUCGACUGGCUCGCCUCUCUCCCCGUGAUCCUGCGCGUCGGCCGCGUGUCGCCUCGCUUCGGCGACGUCGUCGUCGUCCACGCCGGCCUCGUCCCCGGAGUCCCGCUCGAGAAGCAGGACCCCCGCGUCGUCAUGACCAUGCGGACGCUCAUCUCCUCCCGUUCCCUCGUCAGCUCAGACAUAAAUUCCACCACCCCUACUACCUCGGAGUCUUCUUCCGAACCCAAGAUGCUCCUAAUGCCCAGCGAAGGCCGCGAGGGGCGCCCCUGGUCCAAGGUCUGGAACGAGCUGCAAAAAGACAAAACCAGAAAAAACAAAAAGGGGAAGGGUAAGGGGAAAAAUGAAAAGGAGAAGGGAAAAGAUGGGAAGAAGAAAAAGGGAGAUCCAACACCAACAACAGUCGUCUACGGCCACGACGCCAAGACCGGCCUCAGUGUGCGCCGCUACGCCAUCGGUCUCGACAGCAGCUGUGUUCGGGGCGGCGACCUCACGGCGGUUGUUUUUGAGCCUGCUGGUGCUUCUGCUCUGCAUGAAGAGCACGACAACGACAACGACAGCGAAAGCGAAGAUAACAGCGCCGAUCCCAACCGAGAAACACUCCUAGAACUACGCGGCGCCACUAAACACGGCAUAAAGCAUAGACUCGUCAGCGUGUCCUGCAAGGCCGGUAUCGACUCUGUCGAUGACAGUCAGAAGGACAGGGAGGGGAAGGGGAAGGGGAAGGAAGACAAACAGAGCAAGAAGGAAGAUAAAAAGGAGAAGCACAACCACAAGCAAAAGGGGAAGGGGAACGAGGGUAAAAAGGAGAACAAGGUAGAAGAAACAUGGGAAGACUUAUAA